GAACCGGGGCGGCAGCAGCCCGUCGGCCGCCGCCAACUACCUGCUCUGUACUAACUGCCGGAAAGUGCUGCGGAAGGAUAAACGGAUCAGAGUAUCUCAACCCUUGACAAGAGGACCAAGUGCCUUUAUUCCGGAGAAGGAAGUUGUCCAAGCAGACACCCUGGAUGAGCGGACUAACUUUCUAGUGGAAGAAUACUCUACAUCCGGCCGUCUGGACAACAUCACGCAGGUCAUGAGUUUACACACUCAGUACCUGGAGUCUUUCUUGAGAAGCCAGUUUUAUAUGUUACGCAUGGACGGUCCCCUUCCUCUGCCAUACAGGCACUACAUUGCAAUCAUGGCUGCAGCUAGACAUCAGUGUUCUUACUUAAUAAACAUGCAUGUGGAUGAAUUUUUAAAAACCGGAGGCAUUGCUGAGUGGUUGAACGGUUUGGAAUACGUACCACAAAGACUGAAAAACCUUAAUGAAAUAAACAAGCUGCUAGCACACCGGCCCUGGCUGAUCACGAAGGAGCACAUUCAGAAACUUGUCAAAACUGGAGAAAAUAAUUGGUCUCUGCCUGAACUGGUGCACGCCGUGGUCCUGCUGGCGCAUUAUCAUGCCUUGGCAAGCUUCGUUUUCGGUAGUGGCAUCAACCCAGAGAGAGACCCAGACAUCUCCAAUGGGUUCAGGCUCAGAGCCGUCAGCAAUUUCUGCGUCUGUGACCUCGCUAAUGACAACAACAUAGAAAAUGCGUCCCUCACGGGUGGCAACUUUGGGAUUGUGGACUCUCUAAGUGAGCUAGAGGCCUUAAUGGAAAGGAUGAAAAGGCUUCAAGAAGAGAGGGAAGAUGAAGAGGCAUCUCAGGAAGAAAUGACCACUCGUUUUGAGAAGGAGAAGAAAGAAAGUCUUUUUGUGGUCUCUGGAGACACUUUUCAUUCAUUUCCUCAUUCAGAUUUUGAGGAUGACAUGAUUAUAACAUCUGAUGUCUCUCGAUAUAUCGAAGAUCCUGGUUUUGGGUAUGAAGACUUUGCCAGACGAGGAGAAGAGCAUUUACCAACUUUUAGAGCUCAGGACUAUACUUGGGAAAAUCAUGGAUUUUCCCUGGUGAACAGACUUUACUCUGACAUUGGGCAUCUUCUUGAUGAGAAGUUUCGGAUGGUCUAUAAUCUCACCUAUAACACUAUGGCCACCCAUGAGGACGUGGACACAACCAUGCUGCGCAGGGCGUUAUUUAACUAUGUCCACUGUAUGUUUGGAAUCAGGUAUGACGACUAUGAUUAUGGAGAAGUUAAUCAGUUACUUGAACGAAGCCUGAAGGUUUACAUUAAGACAGUGACCUGCUACCCUGAGAGGACUACAAAGCGCAUGUAUGAUAGUUACUGGCGGCAGUUCAAACACUCAGAAAAGGUCCACGUAAAUCUCCUGUUAAUGGAAGCACGGAUGCAAGCUGAACUCCUUUAUGCUCUUCGUGCCAUAACUCGGCAUUUGACCUGAAGCACCGCCCGGAGAAGAUGCCUUACGUGUGUAAAGACCUUUUCACAUAAGAUAUUCAUCCGAAGCUGUUUGUGAUAUAGCAUCAGAAAUUAUUCAAUUCUCUAGUGUCAAAGUUUAGCCGUUUUCUUUUUUUUAUUGUUUUUUGUUUUUUGUUUAUUGCGGCUGUAAAGUGCAAUGAUGUGUUUUAUUUUUCUUGAUGCUUAACAUUACUAACAAUUGCAACAAGAAUACUGAGGAGCACUACCUGGCAUUGUUCAUAGUUGGAUUUUUGGAUACUGAUCAUCAAUCAUGAACCCGGUUUGUUAAUGCUUAACUUCAGCGCUUUGGGGGUUGCGUGUACAUGCCGUUUUUCCUUUCCCUUUUAUUUUAAGUAAGGAAAAGCUCCUACAGUCGGCUCAAGCCAUUUCUCAGCUAUUGGAAUUCAGCAAAGAAUGACCUCCCGCAGCCAUUCUGAAAUUGUCAUGUUGUGUCCUAGAUCUGGUAGAGGGAGGGCACGCGCUGUGGAACCAAGCUGCUCACUGGGCACCUGUUUGUGUCUCCAGGAGAUAAUUUGUCAGGCACUGUUUUAUUUUUGUUUGUUUAUUUGUUUGUUCAAUUUUUCUUUUUUUUUUUUUUUACUGCUAUUGGGGAUAACGUGAAAUGUGAUACAGCCAUUGUCCAUAACGUAAUGUGAAAUUAUUCAUGAUGAAUCUAUAGCAUGCUACUGAAAUGCCAAAUUCAGCUAUUUUCUUCCUCUUCUAAAACAGAAGUUCCGGUUUUCCGUGUCAGGUGUACAUAUUAAAGGUGGAAUUAUGCACAAUCCUUUCUGUCACUGACAGUCAUCCUCAGUCAUCUUAAAUCAACAGUGCUCGUGCUGCCUGCGGUUCAUUAUAGUCGAUGUAUAUCAGCCUGUAUCCACACGAGACUGACCAAAAAUUUUCUUUGCACAUUUUUUCUAUCCAUAGUUUUGUUUUGUUUUUUUUCCCCUAUCUUGCUGUAAGCAAAGGAAGGUUAAUAUGCCUAUAUAUUUUUUGUUCCUGGUAGGCUUUUAGAAAUUAUUUGCCAUGAUUUUUCUUAUAUUAGGUUAGACAGUUUAUUAUUCAGAAGUAAAAAUUGUGUUUCUAUGCAUUAAUGUGAUUGAACAACACAAAAAGAGUGCAAUAUAUGUAAAAAAAACAAAUUCUCAACUAAGCUUUUCCCUAUAAUGUUCACUUGGCAGAAGUGUCCUUUUUAAACAGAGCCAUAAGGAAAUUUUGUUCAAAUUUCUUUAUUGCACGUGGCUUUUUUGUUUUACCUUACUGGGGUUGAACAAUGUUCUUUUCGUAAUGCCAAAGCACUCCCUUCCCCAGAAAAAAUCUCUUUGGACAACUGGUUAAAAAGAAAAAAAAAAAAGAAAAGCUAUCAAGUCAUAGGGGAGGAAUCAGUGGCCAAAAAGUCACAUUUUUGCAUUGGGUUUUUGCUGCUUGAUUAGACUAUCUUCAGAGAGCACAAACUUCUGUGUUUAUUGCUUUAAUUUGUAUUGUGUUCAUGAACCAGUGAAGUGCCUAAAGAGAUGCUUACACCUAUCCAAUAGGACACAACUGCACUGCUUACACACUUUUUGGUUAAUUAAGGGUGAUUUAAAUUUACACGUACUUGCUACUUUUUAAAAACAUAUCCAUUUUUUUAUAAUAAUAAUAUAGUUAAAUCUUUCCGUUAUAGUUUCCACAAAGAUAUCAUCUUAGACUUCCAUGCUUGUUAUAUAGGACUUAGUUUUUUUUCUCUCAUGAGAGAAUCACAGACUAGUGUAUUUUAUUAAAUCCUCUUUUGUUUAUUAUCCUUUUCUGGUACAAUACGUUAGGUCCCUUUCCUUUAGAUUUUGUUCCAGAUAAGAAAACAAAGAUAACUGUAAGCCUAUUAACAUAGGAUAGUUCUGCAUUUUUGGAUUCCAGAUCAUGUUUGAAAUCUUCCAUAUGAGGAAAAAUUUACGAAUAUUUUUGAAGACAGGGUGUUUUAUUUAAAGAGAUUAUUCAGAGAACUCAUGCCAGAUCUCUUAUGUUUUGCUUAUUGCAUGUACCAUAUGUUGAUUUUAUUCAAUAUCGUGUAAUAUGGAAAUGUAUUAACUACAAAGAAAGUAUUUAGGAGAUUGGCAAAACACAGAUGACAAAGUAAAUGUCCAUUUGACUUCCCUAAAUUUAGAACUUUCAAGUUAAGGAUUUUCUUUCUUUUUUUUUUUUUUUUAAACUAGAAUUCUUUCAGUUAGUAGCCCAAUUAUUUUUGUGCAGGUGAACUGUAUUACAAGAUGAAAAAUGAUUUUUAUGUAUCGAAAAGGAGGAGAAAUUCUCACAGAACACCACAUGAGCCUCAGACCAAAAGGGAAAACAAGGUUUAAGGAAUGAGAAUGGCCACUUCGUUUUUUGUUUUGUUUUGUUUUUCCUUUUUUUUUUUUUUUGUUUGUUCAUUCCCUCCCCCACCAAAAAAAAAAAUGUAAAGUAGUUGGAGUUUGGGUUACGGAAAUAUUAGUGCCUUUAAUAAACCUCUUCCUAGCAAAGUUUCUUUUUAGCUCAGCAUUGAUCUAUCUCAUCAGUAAUCAGGAACAUAAAUUGACUUGGAACCAUAAACAAAAAAAAAACAAAACAAUACAGUUAUGAACCUCAGUGAACCAGCCUAGAACAAUUGACUUCUGAAGGUGCUGAGGCACCCGAGAAGCCACCUGCACGGCGCUCGAGGUGGUGGCUACAUUUGACGAUGAGUUUGCUGUUAACUGUCUUCAUCCAGUGCAAACUUGAAAUUCUGAUGUGGUGUUCCAGGGUGGGUUUUUUUGUUUGUUUGUUUGUUUGUUUGUUUGUUUUUCAGAGUAUUGGAUUUACUAUGUAGUAAUUUAUAGUAUAGCCUUUUAUAUUAAAAUGUGAUAUUUUUAAAAAGA